AUGAGCCAGACCAAUGGGCUAGUUACCCGCCGACAAAUGCUCACCCUGUGGUACCGAAUCCUAAAUGAAUACUCCCUCCGGCAACUCUCCUUCGAGUCAGACCGCCUCGACGCAAUCUCAGGCCUGGCCGAGCGCCUCUCCCGCAUCACAGGCGACGAGUACAUCGGCGGCACGUCGGAGUUCUCCAGGCGGUCGAAGAGGCUGCUCGUCACCAACGACUACGCCACCAGGUCCAAGGGCCUGGCUGCCAUCAGGAUCCUGGGCGUCAUGUGGCAGUGCCAGGGCGCGAACCGGUUUGGGAGCCUGAGUGAGGCUAGUCUUACGAUCAUGGGGCGGCCUCUUAGGGGGUUUGCUUACUCGGGCGGGAAGGGCCCAGUCUUUGAGGAGGCCUGGGUCACCAUGGAUAAGAAUAUUGAGGAGCUUCCGGCGUUGAAGCCAAGCAAGGCGGGGGGGAGACAAGCGUCGCAAACCCAGCAUUUUGUGGUAGUCCGUGGGAAGACAGACUCAGGAGAGCGUGCGGAGAUGGUGUCUCAAGUGAUCCCAGAUACUUCGGAUCAGAAAGUCGAGGGUUACGUUCACCUGCUGCCAGUGGCCGAGAGUUGGGUCGUUGGCGGCGGCGACAGGCUAUUUUGCCUGGUUCUGAGAGAGACCGGCCCAGGGGUAUUCGAGCGCAUGGGGUCGUCGCUGUCUCGGUCCUGUUACGUGAUCCAGGUGCCAGAGAGGAAUAUGAUUCUGGUCUGA